GUGUGCUAAUAAUUGCGAUUGAGGGUUCACGGUUUGUUUGAAACUCGAUUGUUGCAGAUGGAAACUCCCCGAGAACCUCAUUUCUUCAAGCCUCUUCUUCCUGGUUUUCACAGUGGCGUGGCAAUACCACUUGACUUCUACUCAAAACACAUACAAGGGGCUGAGAUCAAUAAACCAUGGAAGCUAAGAUCGGACGCUUCGGAUCAAAUUUGGGAGGUGAUCCGAGAAGGCAGGACACUCACCAAAGGUUGGAAAGAGUUCACCGAAGCACAUGAUCUUCGAAUCGGUGACAUUGUCAUCUUCAAACACGAAGGAGACAUGGUCUUUCAUGUGACACCUUUUGGUCCUAGCUGUUGUGACAUUCAGUAUACACAUCCUCACAUCGUUAAGGAAGAAGCCGACGCGGAUGAUGCUCCUACUUUCUCAUACGACUACUGCUUCUUGGCUGAGGUUACUGCUACAAAUCAAAAGGACGACAAAAUGUUUCUUCCUGUGGAAGCUAUGAGGUGUGGUGCUUUGAACCAACAAUGCAAAGAGGUCAAACUUGUCAACAAGGAGGGAAAGUCAUGGACUGCGCGCUUCGGAUUUAGCGAAUCAGACGGCGCAUAUUACAUCAGCAGAGGGUGGAGAAAGUUCUGUCGUGAUAACAGAUGCACCAUCGGAGAUUUGUUUGUGUUCAACGUGGUUGGAGACGGGACGACAACUCCAUUACUGUGUGUAUGUCCGGAAAGGAAGGAGUGUACUGAACUACUGAUCAAGCACUUCAGCAGAAUCGAUGGUAAGUCUUCUCAUUUGACUUGUUUGUGUUGUCUAUAACUUCAAUGUUACUACUUUGCUUCUGCGUUAACUUGUGUUCUCUUCUUCUACAGGUAGCAUUGCUUCUACCUCACGAAAUUAGAUGGCUCUUUUGCGGUCUUUCCUCUCUAUCAUCUGAACUUGUUUCUUUUUGUUUCAUUAGCAACUUAUCAACUUAUGUAUUUCGGUUUGUAAAACUUGAAUGGUUUUUCUAUGUGAACUUUUAUGCUAAGUUAAACAUUCUCGAACUUAAUUGCUUUGUUGAAUGCGUAGACUGAUCAUCGAACAAAAUGUUUCUAUGAAUUGAAUUUAAGUUAAGAAACAACAUAAACUCCAAAACUCUAACAUACCUUUUCUACAUCUGAAAACACAUACCAAAAUAUUAAAACAUAUCUCAAAACCAAAACUUAAACUCCAAAACUAAAACAUAGGUUGAAUAAAAUGUUUUCAUAAAUUUUAUAAUAUAUUUUAAUAUUGUAUUCAUGUAUUCUGAAUAAUCUUAAAUUUUUUUUAAAAAUUAAAAAAUAUUAUUAUUUUAUUCCUAUGAACUCCUUCUUCAGGUUCACUAAUGCAGAAAACAACAAAUUCGGGUUCAUAACUGUUCAUGGACCCACAAAAAAAUAUUAAAAAAUUUUGGUGAACCCCUAAGUGGGGUUCACCAAUGCUCAUGCUCUAAUAUAGCGAUGGGUUUAUAGGAUUUGCUUAGACUCGUUUAACCAUUUGAUAUAUCACGUAGGAGUAUACAUUACAAUUUGUUUUUGAAUUUUAAAAUUUGAUCUUAUUAAUAUUACAUGAAUUAAAUUUAUAAUUUUGACGCGAAUAUAAGAAUGUGAUGAAACAAAGAGAAUGUGAUCUGGAUUGAUACAUAUAUUUUUUACUCAUUUAAAUAUCGAUUUUUUUUUGCUGGACAUUUGAACAUCUAAAAUGUUGUUAAUAAAUGUAUAUAUGAUUUGGAAGUUGUCACUUUAUUUAAUUGGUUUUGAAAGGUGUAUGUAGGUUUAAAAAAAAACACAUAUAUGUUGCGAGUUCCACUAUACUACAACUACCACGAUGCGUCAUAAACCUUCAUUUUGAAUAUUUAGUCUCGGAAUGUAACAUAAAAUGAACAAGUAGUACAAUAAUUAUACACAUCUUGGAGAAUACAUUAUAAAAACUCCAUAAAUAAUUCAACCCAACCUUUCUUUUGGCUUUUUGUGUUUGCCUUCUUUAGAUCCAUUGGAUGCUUUCAUAUUCCCUUCUCGGUAUCCGAUGUUUGUAUACGAUUAAAUAUCAUAUGAUUUUAGUGUUAUCAUAGUUUAUACGUCUAUACACAAUUAAUUAUUUUGGUGUUCAGCCGUAAAAUCUAAAAUUCAGAUUAAAUCCAGUCUGUGUAAAUAGUUUGGGUUUGUAAUAUCUGAUUCUUGAUCUAAUUCAUCUGGAAUCUUGUCUUUCCAAAAUUAAUUGAUGAAGUUCGAACGUAAACUAGGAAUAUAAUACAAAUCGUAUGUACCUCGAUAUAUGAAUAUAUCUACUUAGAUUUUAUAUAAGGUAGUAAAAAAGAGAGAGAGUUACGUUGGAUUUGUAUUCUAUACAGAACUUUACAAAAUGCGUGUUAGGAACAUAUUGCAUAUUAUGACUCCACUUGUAUCUUGUUAAUUAUUACUUUUUGUAAGUUGUAACCAUUCUAUUUGAAUAUGGAUGCCGGUCUUGUUAUAAAACUCACCCGGUCAAUACUCACACCUUAGACGUAACGACAUUAUUAUAUUAGUAUUGAUAUAUACAUAUAUAGUUUAAAUGUUUCAAAACAAUAAUACUUGACAAAUAGCAUCUCUGCAAAAGUGGCUUCUCGUUAAAAACUAAGUAUGUAAGUUAUUAAGAUCACUCAUUUAAAUAUUAAUCCAGUCAAAUGAACGGUUGGCAAAUGAUCUGAAAUAUUUGUCGUCACAAUAUCUAAAUAAUUCAAAUAUAUUGUACUAAUUCUGAGACACUAUAUUACUUUCCGGAUAUGAGAACAAAAACAUCAUGAUUAUAUAUGCUACUGUAAAUUCAAUGAUGCAGUUCGAACUUGGUAUCUUGAAAAUGAAGAAAUCAUGCAAAAUUCUUUCAAUUUUGAAAUUACUUUAGUUUGAAACUUUGAAAAACACAAGUUGUGGAUUCAACGUUUCAACUAAGUACACAAGGGACCGACAUGAUUCUUUAACUAAACCGACCCACUUUGAAAAAAGCUAGAAAUUUCAAUUUGGGUUGCAUGGAAAAAACAAAUUAAUAGGCUCUGGUUGAUAAUCCAUUAACAUCAUGAUCUUCCUAAUAACUAUGAUUUUGAUUUGUAUUUUAACUAUUGAAUGACCGAAAACGUAUUUGUUAGUAUAUAUGCAAUUCCGCAAAAAGCCUAUCGAUAGUUCUUUGUACGUCGAUCGCAAUUUCCAUGCAUUCAUUUGUUUCUUGUUUUGUAAGGCUAAUGACAAAUAUACAACGGUGAAACUACUGAAACUACCAUGCCAGAGUUUAACUUUUAAACUAAGUUUCUAUCACUAAAAAUAUUUUUUGUUUCCGUUCCGAAGAACUAAUUAUUUUCUAUACAUUCAAACCAGGAACACAAUUCACACUAUUCUUCCUCCAAAUCUACCAGCGAGAUUAAACAUUUGUAGCUUUUGCGCCAAAAUGGGUUUCAGCCCAUGUCCAUAACAAUUUGUUUUCCUUUUCCCACCCCAAGUCCAUAACAUAUGACAUAGCUUUCAACAUUAUAACUUGAGUAGGAUCUUCAUAGUUUUUCUUUUAAAUGGCUCUAAUGCUUU